AUGCGUUUCUUCACUACCGUUGCGACCUUUGGUCUUGCCGCCCUGGCUCUGGCUCAGGACAGCACCAGCGAGUCCGCCGCCAGCAGCGCCACCUCCGCCUCGGCCAGCUCUUCAGCCUCCCUGACCCCCGAGCAACGAUGUCUCGCUGACUGUUCCGAGACCGACAUCUGCUGCCAGGCCGCUUGCGUCAACGUGCCCUGCCCCAAUGAGCAGGCUGUCAACGAGACCACUGCCUGCGCUGGUGCCUGCACUCAGGGCAAUGGCACUGAGGAGGAGACUGCCGCAUAUGCCUCUUGCCAGGCUUCCUGCAUCUCUGCCUCCUUCUUCCCUGUCUCGACCGGUGCCUCUGGUUCCAACACUGCCUCUGGCUCCGAAGCCACUACCACCGGCUCCGAGACUGGCGUUGGCGGUUCUGAGGCAUCUGCUACGGGCUCCGAGUCUGAGUCGGGCACUGCCAGCGGUACCGGUUCUUCUGCCAGCUCUACUUCCAGCGACAGCGGUGCUAGCAUCCGCACUGCCGUUUCCGGCGCCGGUCUCUUCGGUCUCAUCAUCGCUGGCCUUGCUCUGUAA